AAUGGAAUUGUCCAUAGAUUUGUAACCUGAAAGUUUUAGGAUUAACCAUGAAGGGAAAUUGAUUUUAACAUAUCUGGGAAAUGCAAAGCUAAUAAGAAAAUCUAAGAGAUAAAGAACGUAUACAAUUAAAGGUACUCCACAUUACAUGGCUCCUGAGAUCCUUACAGGUAAGGGUUACUCUUAUAUUGUUGAUUUUUGGAGUUUAGGUGUUAGCUUUUAUGGAUUUCUAUGUGGAGGAAUGCCAUAUGGCGAAGAAGUUAAUGUAAUCUUAUGUUUAUAGUAGGACCCUUAUGAUAUAUACGAUUUCAUCGUUACCAAAGAAUUAACAUUUCCUAAUUUCUUAUAAGACGAAUAAGCUAAAAUUUGCAUAAGAUAGUUAUUAUCUCAAUAACCUGAAACUAGAUUAGGAAAUUCAAUUGCUGAUUUAAAAGCUCAUGCAUGGUUUGAAGGUUUUGAUUGGGAUAAAUUGUACACCCAGUAAUUAAAGCCACCUGUAUGAAUUUACAUUAAAUCUUAGUCUAUACCUCCUUAAGACUAAAUGAUUUCUGAUACGGAAAUUAAGACAUAAAUUUAAUAAGGCAAAUUUAUUUAAUAAGAGAUUGAGGAACAAUAGUCAAAAAGAAAGAUUAAAUAAAAUUAAAUAUUAGAUCUUGAUUGGGAUGAAUCAUUUUGA